UGUGUAAAGAAGGCUCUGAUGUAACCAGCUACAGGGCCCUUUCUCUUCAGAGAAUUUUGUUUUACAGCUAAUCGCUGUUGGGAUGAAGCUUUAUAGUUUCGGAGUCCUUGUAGCCAUCAUCCUCUUCUGUGAGCAGCAUGUCUUCGCAUUUCAGAGUGGCCAGGUUUUAUCUGCUCUUCCUAGGACCUCUCGGCAAGCUGAAAUCCUGCAGAAUCUUACUACAACAUAUGAGAUUGUUCUCUGGCAGCCAGUAAUGGCUGAAUUUAUUGCCAAGAAAAACGAAGUCCAUUUUUUUGUGAAUGCAUCUGAUGUAAGCAAUGUGAAAACCCAUUUAAAUGAGAGCAGAAUUCCAUUCAGUGUCUUGGUGGGAGAUGUGGAAGAGCUUAUCCGACAGCAGACUUCCAACGACACAGUCAACCCCCGGGCCUCCUCCUCAUACUACGAACAGUAUCACUCGCUAAAUGAAAUCUAUUCUUGGAUAGAACUUGUAACUGGGCAGUAUCAUAUGCUUGAAAAAAUCCACAUUGGAUCCUCAUAUGAGAAGUACCCACUUUAUGUUUUAAAGGUUUCUAGAAAAGAACAAACAGCCAAAAACGCCAUAUGGAUUGACUGUGGAAUCCAUGCCAGAGAAUGGAUCUCUCCUGCUUUCUGCUUGUGGUUCAUAGGCUACGUAACUCAAUUCUACGGGAAAGAAAAGCAGUAUACCAAUCUUCUGAGCUACGUGGAUUUCUAUGUUAUGCCGCUGGUUAAUGUGGAUGGUUAUGACUACACAUGGAAAAAGAAUCGAAUGUGGAGAAAGAACCGUUCUUUUCAUGAAAACAAUCCUUGCAUCGGAACAGACCUGAACAGGAACUUUGCUUCCAAACACUGGUGUGAGGAAGGUGCAUCAAGUUUCUCGUGCUCAGAAACCUACUGUGGACCUUACCCUGAGUCGGAACCAGAAGUGAAGGCAGUGGCUGAUUUCUUGAGAAGAAAUAUCAACCACAUUAAAGCUUACAUCAGUAUACAUUCUUACUCCCAGAAGAUAGUGUUUCCAUAUUCCUAUAAUAGGAGCAGAAGCAAAGACCACGAGGAACUGUCUCUAGUGGCCCGUGAAGCAGUCCAUGCUAUUGCAAUUACUAGUAGAAAUAUCAGAUAUACACAUGGCAGUGGUUCAGAAAGUUUAUACCUAGCUCCUGGAGGUUCGGAUGACUGGAUCUAUGACUUGGGUAUCAAAUAUUCGUUUACAAUUGAACUUCGAGAUACAGGCAGAUUUGGAUUCUUGCUGCCAGAGCGUUAUAUCAAACCCACUUGUACAGAAGCUCUCGCUGCUGUCUCUAAAAUAGCUUGGCAUGUCGUCAGAAAUGUUUAAUGCCCUUGAUUUUUUCACUCUGCUCUCCUAUUUUAAUUAACUUAUUCCAAGAAGACCAAAUCAUUGUACCAGUUUCUUUUUAAGUUUUAUCAGUAGUUUUGAUAAAACGUUUUCCUAUUCCUUGGUUUUGUCAAAGAACAAAAUAAAUGAUACUUUAAAAUUAA